GCAACGGAGCAGCGCGGCGCGAGCAGUAGCGAUAGCGAGUGGUAGCGAAUCGCCGUCGCGCGAGUUCGCCGUAGGGCGAGUCGAGUCGAGCCGAGCCGAGCCGAGUCGAGUCGAGUCGAGUCGAGUCGAGUCGAGUCUCGAGACUCGAGUCGCGCGAGAACAAGUACGGGUCGAGGGACAAGCCUUGGUCCCGGUGUCUCUUGCCCGUCGGUACUUCGUCGUCGUCGUCUUCGUCCCGUAUGCGCGUCCCUCGUCGGCGCGUCGCCGUCGGCCAUUGUCCCUGACAUGGAAGCCUACCAAAAUGGCAGAGAUCGUGCAGAUGUUUUUGUUUCUAUAUAAGUCCAAGUACCGUCGGAAACGUCGUCGCAACGGUGACGACAGCGACGGCGACGGUGACAAUGGCGGCGGUGGCGGCAGCGGCAGCGGCGCCGCAUGGCGCGGUCAGGAUCGCGAUCGGCGGUGGCGGUGUCGGUGCGGCCAUGGCAGCGGCGGCAACGCGACCGCGACGGCCGUGCCGUGGGCGCCGUUCCUACUGUGGGCGGCGCUCGUCUGCUGGGUGGUCCACGUAAGCGCCGCCACCUCCGCCUCCUCGUCGUCGCCGACGCUGGACGCGGGCUGCGACCCCAACACCUGUGAAAACGGCGACUGUGUCAACGGCACCUGCGUGUGCCGCGAGGGCUGGCAGGGCGCGCUCUGUCAAUUCUGCGGCGGGAAGGUCAGAUUAUCAGAGAGGAUCGGGAGCAUCCAUGAUGGCACAGGCAACUAUACUGCGGACGUGAGAUGCUCCUGGCUGAUCGAGAGCAGCCCGAACACAAAAAUACGGAUGCACGUAGAACAAUUCGCGACGGAAUGCGGCUGGGACCAUCUGUACAUCUACGACGGUGAUAGCGUCGAGGCGCCGUUGCUGGCCGUUUUCUCCGGCCUGAUGCACAAGGAUAGCUAUCACAUACGCCGCGUGCCGGAAGUAAUAGCGCGAUCCGGUAGCGCGUUGCUGCACUUUUAUUCCGAUGUCGCGUACAACAUGAGCGGCUUCAACAUUACAUAUAAAAUCAACGCUUGUCCGAGCAGGUAUUCCAAUAUCGACUGUUCCGGCCACGGUGUGUGUAUUGAAGGCACGUGUACCUGCGACGCUACGUGGACCGGUGAGGCCUGCGACGUACAAGUAUGCCCGAACAAUUGCUCGUAUCAUCAUCAGCAGGGCGAGUGUGACCGCGAGAGUCAUCAUUGCCGCUGUUUUCACGGCUUUAAAGGUGCGGACUGUAGCCAAAGAGGCGACCAUGGAUUUUGGGAGAGUGUCACGUACAAGGAUCUACCGCCGGAAGGCUCGGCCAGUCACUGUUCCAUCGUUUGGAAGGAUUCACUGUACGUGGUCGGCGGCGAGAGUUUCCAUCGUGCCAAGAUGAUAUAUGUGUACGAUUAUAACGGCAAUGUUUGGGAGACACCUCACGUCGAGGGCCGAGUGCCGUUACCGCGGUACGCGCACUCGUGUGUGCUGUUCGGCGACAAGAUAUUCAUGUACGGUGGUGUCGUGCAGAACUCUACGGUGACCAAUGAGAUCUGGGCGUUCGACGUGUCCGCCAAGGUCUGGGAGAACGUCACUGUACACGACGAUGAUUGCUACAACAAAACGAUAUGUGGCCCACUGAAGGUAGCAGGACAUACCGCGACUCGGGUGCAGAAUUAUGACAAGAAGGAGAAGAUGAUUGUGAUAUUCGGCUAUUCGCCGCAAUAUGGUUACUUAAACACCGUCCAGGAGUACUCUUUGGGUACGCGCGAGUGGCAGAUCGUAGAGACGAAGGGCUUUCCAGUGAAGGGCGGCUACGGGCACAGUUCCGCUUACGAUCCCCUCACAAAUCUCAUUUAUGUGUAUGGUGGUUAUGUGUCGGAGUCACAAAGCACGCAUGUUUUGACCAGCCGGCUGUACUCGUAUCAUCCUAAUGAUUACGAGUGGCGGCUGCUUACGUCAGCGCCAUCGGCGCGUUUCUUUCAUACGGCCACUUUUGUCACGAGUGGACUAAUGUUGGUGUUUGGCGGUAAUAUGCACAACGAUACGCAGCAAUCGCACGGGGCGCGAUGCUACUCGGCUGAUACCCUCGGUUAUGAUGUCACGUGCGACACGUGGCACCAGUACACCAUGCCCAAGGAUAUGAACGAUCUUCCGCGAUACGGUCAUAGCGCGACCGUCUUCGAAAAGUCGAUGUAUAUCUACGGCGGCUUUGACGGUGAAAUGCUCUCUGACAUGCUGAGGUAUACCCCCGGCAAUUGCGAGUAUUUCACGAAUCAGAAUCAGUGCCUGAAUGCCAGGAUAGGUGUGAAGUGCGUGUGGCAUAAGCGGGACAGUCGAUGUCUGCACAUCACAAAGAUACCGCAGCACGUGCUCAACGAAAAGGAAUAUGACGAAGUUUUGAAAUGUCUGGGCGUCGGGCCGCCACGCGGUAUGACAUCGCAUGGAGAACUCUGUAAGCUGUUCACCGACUGCGUCGCGUGCGUACAGACCUCGUAUAAUUGCGUGUGGUGUGGCAAGAGUUGUUUCCACGAGAUGUGUCGGGACAAUGUAAACUCGCCAAAUUCGAAGGCCAUUACGGAACUGAAUCAGUGUAACAUGAAAACCGGCAUCGAGUGUUUACAACUGCAUACAUGCCAUGCUUGCUUCAGCAAUCCGCAUUGCACUUGGUCAUGGUCUAACGGACCCGACCGUUGCAAGCCGAAAACUCGAGAGAGAGUGUUCAACAGCACGAUCCCGGGACAUAAUGUACUGCAUGGGCAGCUUUUGACUAUGGACACAUGCCGCAGUCCAUGCGUGGAGUACACGUCGUGCCGCAAUUGCACGGAAUCUGACUGCAUCUGGUGUCAAAACGAGGCCAAAUGCGUAGAGAAGAAUGCGUACCCGGCCAGUUUUCCAUAUGGACAGUGUCGCGAGUGGACGACGAUAGAUGCCCGGUGCCGCGCCACGGAGACUGGCAGAGAAUGGUGCAGCUUUUAUUCAUCAUGCGCCGCUUGCCGAUCGGACCCCGGUUGCGGCUGGUGCGACGACGGAUCGGGCACCGGGAAAGGUUCGUGCAUGCCUGGUGGAGCUCGUGGCCCUAGCAGCAAAAGUUCAAACACGUGUUUCCUCGAUCAUUGGUACUUCACAACAUGUCCAACUUGUCAGUGUAACGGUCACAGUAAGUGUCUUCCAAACAGUAGCGUAUGCAUUCAGCCAUGCGGAAACUUGACUUAUGGACCACACUGCGAUAAGUGUAUUCCCGGCUAUUAUGGUAGUCCACUCAAUGGAGCUACGUGUCAGCCUUGCUCCUGUAACAAUCAAGGCACUCAAUGCACGAGCGAGACGGGCAAAUGUUUUUGUACAACUAAAGGCAUUAUCGGCGAUCACUGCGAGCGUUGUGACGUAUCUGGUCUUUAUCACGGAGAUCCUACGAAUAAAGGAUCUUGUUUUUAUGAUUUGGCUAUCGAUUACCAAUUUACGUUUAAUCUAAGCAAGAAAGAGGAUCGUCACUAUCGGGCGAUCAACUUCAAAAAUUCACCACCGAAAGCCGACAUUGAUGCCGAAUUCUCUAUCACGUGUUCCGUGCUUGCCAAGAUGAACGUGACCAUCAAGAAAGUAAAUAGUCCAGAAAAACCGCUGCUGCUCGGCGCAAAUUGUACGACGACCAUGUACAAGCAACGUUUCAGCAAAGCGGACUACAAUUUCGGUAGCGAAGAUAAUAAUACUCUCACUACGUUCUACGUGUAUGUCUAUGACUUUCAACCGCCACUGUGGAUCCAGAUCUCGUUCUCCCAAUAUUCGAAACUGAAUCUGCAGCAGUUUUUUAUUACAUUCUGCACAGAUUACAUGCCACCGCACAGGUGCUUCCUUGCUCUGCUACUGGUGGCCGCCAUCCUUUGGAAGAUCAAGCAAAAAUACGACAUGUAUCGACGAAGACAAAGGCUCUUCCUGGAAAUGGAACAAAUGGCCAGCAGGGCGUUCAGUCAAGUUCUGGUGGAGAUCGAGAGGCGCGACGUUGACAGCUCGGAUCCAGAACGCGGUGAUGCCGACUUUACGAAUUGUCGUAAAAAAAAGAAGGAUGCUCCUAGUCCGAUCGCACUGGAGCCUUGUUGUGGCAACAGAGCGGCAGUUCUGUCUCUGCUAGUCAGAUUGCCGACUGGCGGCGAGCCUUAUACGCCAGCCGGACAGAGCGCUGGCCUAGCCGUGGCAUCCGCUUUGGUGACGCUAGGCAGUCCGCGCAGACCAUCUCAGGAAUUAACGACGAAGGAGCCGAAGAAGACAAGGAAGUCCGCCAGCCAACAUCCGGACUCUACUUGCAUUUAGCGGUAAAUCGACGAGAUAUCACGAUAGGAUGUGACUAUGAUAAGCCUUAGAGUUGUUUCUGUGAUCUUGCCCGCGCUUGAUACGGCAGGACAAUUUAUCUUCGAACUUUCACGUAGUGAAAGAAGUGCGAACGAUAAUCGCGCUGAGAUGAAAACGGAGAACAUACGCGAAAAUUUUACUCGUUGACGCGCGACUGAUCGGUGAAUCGAACAAUUCGGUUAUUUUAUCCGAAGAGUCGGUUGAGCGUGUAACACUAGAUAUAGAUAUAUGCUUUCCUUAUCGAGUAGAAGGAAACGCCUUUAGCCGAGGAGCGAAUGGACUGCUCCGACCGGUUACGUUCGCUAAUCAUGGUAAGUAACAAUUUCUUUUUAGACUCGAGCUGCAUGAUAUGUUUUCAUGCAUCGAAAGAGACGUGAUUGAUCACUCGGCUAACAUUCGGAAACGUAAUCGAGUUCCUUUUAAAGAUCUCGAUUAACGGUGUACAGUGUUGUAUAGAUGGUUAGAUGAUCGUUUUUGUCGAAGAUGUUACAAUACGAUGUGUUGGUCGCGUGAAUAAACUGGUCUCGUGCAUAUUCGAAAAGCUUUUAUUCGCUGCAUCUGUUUUAGAAAAAAAUUAUUUAUAAU